CGGAAGGGGCGGGGCGAGCGGCGGGGAGGGGGCGCCUGGAGCUGCGGCGGCCUGCGAAGGAAGCAUGGACGUGCGCCGCGCAUGGAUGCUGUGCCAGAGGCGGCAAAUCUUCUCCUGGCUGGCCCGAUGGUUCCCCAAAAUUCCAGCAAAGCCCGUGGUGGCCCAGAAAAACCCCAUCAAGGUGGAGUUGGUGGCUGGGAAAACCUACAGGUGGUGUGUGUGUGGCCGCAGCAAGAAGCAGCCUUUCUGUGAUGGUUCCCACUUCUUCCAGCUCACUGGCCUAUUUCCACUCAAGUUCAAAGCCCAGGAGACCCGCACAGUGGCCCUCUGUACCUGCAAAGCCACCAAGAAGCCUCCAUACUGUGAUGGCACCCACAGAAGUGAGCUGGUACAGAAAGCCGAAGUGGGCUCACCAGUCUGAGUGACUGUCCCCCAGGAGUCACACUUCCACCUGACGAGCGAUCCCUUGGUGGGACGCACAUCGGAGUGCCGAGCCCAAGGGACCCUCAGGGACCACGGCCAGCUUGUCGAGAUCUGUGGUCUCCAGUCAGGGCAGCCAGUGGCGGGGCCCUUGAUGUUAAGAUGG